AUGGUAAUCAACACGAAGUUAUGUUUCCUUCUCUUUCUCCUUUCGUUCUUCUUUCUGUCUACUACCUUGUCUCUGGCUGAAGGUGAACUUGACAAGGAAGAUCAAGAUCAAGAUAACCGACGAGAUCUACAAAGACAAUACCAAGAAUGCCAGCAGCGUUGCCAACGACAGGAUCCACGUCAGCAGCACCAGUGCCAGAGAAGAUGCCAAGAGCAGAGCGAACGUGGCCGAGGUGGUGAUUUGUUGAACAGUCACAGACGAGACCCUCGCGGGUAUGAGGAGGAGGAAGAAGAAGAGGAGCAAAGAGACAACCCUUAUUACUUUGACGAACGAAGCUUUACUACAAAGUUUAGGACCGAAGAAGGCCAUGUCUCGCUUCUAGAAAGCUUUUCUCGUAGGUCUGAGCUUCUACGUGCACUUGAAAACUAUUGCUUGGAACUCGUUGAGGCCAACCCUAAUGCUUUCGUGCUCCCCAAACAUUUGGAUGCAGAAGCCAUUUUCUUGGUUGUACAAGGGAGAGGAGUAAUCAACAUGGUGCGACACCAUAACAAGGAAUCCUACACCGUCAAUUAUGGAGACGUAAUCAGAGUCCCUGCUGGAACUACCUUCUACUUGGUCAACCGAGACAACAACGAAAGGCUUCGCAUCGCCAAGUUCUUGUUUACCGAAUCCACUCCGGGCCAUUUCAGAGAAUAUUUUCCCGCUGGAGCCCAAAACCCAGAGUCAUACCUCAGAACCUUCAGCAAGGAGAUUCUCCAGGCUGCACUCAACACGCGAACGGAGAGGAUCCAUAAGGUGCUCGGACAGCAAAGGGAGGGAGUGAUAAUCAGGGCGACACAUGACCAAAUCAAGGAAUUAACCCGACACGCUUCAGGUUCAGAGUCGCGACACUGGCCGAUUGGGAGAGGCAGUGGCCAUGAAUCAAGGGGACCUUACAACCUGUUCAACAGAAAGUCCCAUAUCUCAUACUCAAACAACUAUGGCCAAUCCUACGAGGUCAGACCCGAGGACUACAGGGAGCUCCAAAACAUGGACGUAUCGGUGUGUAUUACCAACAUCAGCCAAGGAUCCAUGAUGGGUCCCUUCUUCAACACCAAGUCCACCAAAGUAGUGGUGGUGGACAGUGGAGAGGGAUACGUGGAGAUGGCCUGCCCACACCUAUCAAGAAGACGAGGAGGACGAGGAGGAAGGCAUGAAGAGGAAGAGGAUGUACACUAUCAACUGAUCAGGUCACGUUUAUCGCCGAGAUCAACCAUCGUAGUCCCAGCAGGUCAUCCCGUGGUUUUCGUCGCUUUCGGAAAUGAGAAUCUACAGCUUUUUGCAUUUGGAAUCAAUGCCCAGGACAACCAUGAGAACUUCCUUGCAGGGAAAGAGAGGAACGUGCUGCAGCAGAUAGAGAGCCAGGCGUUGGAGCUAGCGUUUGCAGCUCCAAGGAAGGAGGUAGAACAGUUACUUAACAGCCAAGAUGAAUCAGUCUUCUUUCCUGGGCCAAGGCAGCAACAACAUCAAUCGAAGGACUCGACCACGAAACAAGCUCUUCCCUCCAUUCUGGACUUUGUUGGGUUCUAA